AACCGUUUUGGUAAAAAUUGACAAGCAUCUCCUAUAGAUUUACUAUCAUACUAGUGCUUGGUUGACCUUGACGUAUGAAGGAUUUGACAGUAUAUAUUUCUUUGACUUAUAAUUCCGUUGAUUCCGUAUUUAUUCAACGAGAGGUGUUUACAUGUUGCUUAAAUCUACAUUUAUUAUUUAUAGACAAAAUAGUAAAUGUAUAAUAAUUUUCUAUUCAUUAAGUGUUUGUAACGAUAUCAAUUAUGUCCAUGGAAGAAAGAAAUGUGAACGAUACCAUCAUUAAAAUGAUAACGAACCUUAAUCCCAAGAUAAAAACUGAAGUUGGGGACUUUAAUUAUGAUAAUACCGCUAUUUUAAAAAGACGUUUAAGUAAUGUUAGUUCUGAUGAGGAUUCCCCUGUUAAAAAGCAUAAGAAAAUCCCAACAUGUUCCAAUAAUAAUUCUAAUGCAAGUUAUUUGGCAUCUCCACGUGAAGCUAGAAGAUUAAGAGCUGAUUUAAUUGAAGCGAGAAAUACUGUUAAAGAUCUUGAAAACAGAAUUCAACAUAUGCAUAGUAUUCGAAAAGAAAUGCAAAUUAUGUUUGAUAAUGAAACCAAGAGUUUAAAACUCCAACAUGAACAUGAUAAAAAAACAAUAGAAGAAUUGGAAUCACAAUUGCAAACUGUUAGAAAAAGAGAAGCAUCUGCUAAAAAUGAAAUAAGUAAUCUGAAAAAAAAGUAUGAAUUAUUAAGGAAUGAGUCAGAGUCGGCAAUUAUCAAAUUGGAAAAAGAGUUAAAUGAUAUCAAAUUAUCUAGUAAAUAUAUGGAAGACGAGGAACAAGAAAAACUGAUUAAGUUACAAACACAAAAUGAAGAAUUAGUUGUUAUAUUAGAAGCAGCACAACAAGAUGCUGAGGCACAUAAGAAACUCGUAACUGAAUUAGAGAAACAGCUUCUGGCAAAAAAUGAAAUAGAAAGAGAACUUGAGAAGAAACAACAAGCUCUAUUAAAAGUUACCUUGCAAUUAAAAGAUCUUGAAUAUGUUAAAGACAACUAUGCAGAAUAUCAACAACUUACAAAGGCACAACUUUAUAAGCUUAAUGGUUACAGUGCCAUGGAAAAAGAAAAUCAGCAGCUAAAGGAAGAAAAUAAGAGAAUAAAAGAUGAUAUCCGUAAUAAACUUCUUUUGGAAGAAGAGGUUUAUGAUUUAAGAAAUCGUUUAAAUAAAUAUAAGGAUCAAGAGCAAACAUUAGCUUCCUUGCAGGCUGCAAUGGUUCAAAAUGAAGUUUUUCUAAAUGAAUGGAAAACAUUGGCCAGAUCAAUUUGUGAAAGUUCAUGGCCUGAUUCAGCACUUCCUAGUUUAUUGCGUACAACUGUAGAAAAGUUACAACAGAAAGAAAUCAAUUUAACGACUGAAAUUGUACAGUUACAAUCUCAACUUAAUGCUGCCAUACAUGAAAAGGUUGUGGCUCAAUCUGAACUUGAAAAAAAUCAAAAACAUCUUGCAGAAGUCGGAAAAAGUUUGCAACAGAGACAAAAUCUUAUACAUCGCAUGCAAAAGAAAUUAUUGCUCAUAAGUAGAGAAAGAGACAGUUAUCGAUUACAAUUAGACUCUUAUGAGCGUGAUCUAACUGUUUGCAUGAUUCAACCUAGCACUAGUAGUUGCUCUGCUACUUCCAAUCCGCAACAAACACAAAAGAAUCGCAUCGAAAGCUUGGAAAAAAUCAUCGAAGGUUAUCGAGAUAUGGUAGCAAAACUUGAGAAUGAAUUGCAGACCAUUGAGCACGAUCCAACGUCUGACGUUACUCCGGUUCGAAUGGAGCAAAUCGAACGUCUUUUAAAGGAAAUAGAUAUUCUAAAAACAAAUAAUGCUCAAUUAAGAGGCCGUUGCGAUCAACUAGAAGUACAACUUGAGGAAAUCUGCAUAGGACAGGAUAGUAACAAGGGUCGUAUUAUUCACCUUAAAAAGAAUCCUCUUUCUGAAUCUAUUGAAGAAAAGGAGAAGACGAUUGAAAGGCUUCAAGAAGAAAAUGAUAAAUUAAAAAGAAUGAUACGAAAAAUGGAAGAAGGUUUAGAAGCGACUAAAUUGGCAGAUACAACCUUGACUCCUCAAGAAGUAGAAGCAAUGCGAGAAAAAGUUGUGGCUUCAGAAAAUAAAAUUCAACAGCUGAAGGAUUUCUUUAAACAGUCGAUGCAAGAAUUUAGAAAUGUUUUAUAUAUGCUACUAGGUUAUAAGAUUGACAAACUUUCGAACGCCCAGUAUAAAUUGACGAGCAUGUAUGCAGAACGACCAGAAGAUCAAAUAUGUUUCCAGUUAAAUUCCGAAGGUAAUUUAAAUCUAUUAGAAAAUCAUUUUAGCGCAUCGCUUGAAGACAUGAUCGAUUUGCAUUUACGCCAUCAAAAAUCUAUACCUGUAUUUUUGAGUGCUCUAACAAUAGAUUUGUUUAAUAACCGAACAACAACCACGGCUACCGUGGAAAUAGAUUGAAGAAUACAUAGUUGUAAUUUUUCAUUUUUAGUCAUAAGCUAUGUCUACAUUUUCUUUUCAAUAAUGAUCCUUUUAAAUUAAAAUAU